AUGGUGGCGCCACCGCCGCAGCCGCCUGCGCCUGCGCCGCAGGGACAGAACUUGUCAACGAUGCUGGCCAACCUCACCCCUGAGCAGCAGAAGAACGUUUUGGGCGAGCGCCUGUACAACUACAUUGUGCGCGUGAACCCCUCUGUGGCGGCUAAGGUGACGGGUAUGCUUCUGGAGAUGGACAACAGUGAGAUCCUCAAUCUUCUAGACACGCCCGGCCUGCUUGACACGAAGGUGCAGGAGGCCCUCGAUGUGCUGAAUCGCCACAUGAGCGUGUAG